UUUGGCAAAAGGCUUGGCUUCAUAUUUAGCUUGGUCGCCCGCAGCCAAUAAUCGCCAGAAACACAUCCCCCAUCCCCUCAAACGAUCGAUCCCGCAUGCAUAACACAUACAUCGCUCAACUCCCACAGCGCCCGUCGUCAUAUCGUCCUCCAACUUCGUAUAUGCUACGGAAUAGUGCCCUUACGUUAUUUAUCACCUCUACGCCCACUGCUGCCGCCCUUGAACCACGCCGAGACUGCUUGAUUCUCUUUGAUCCGUGACGGUCGCGACCCUCUGGUCCGUGACCACCUCGUCGUCCUCGUCGCCGCUAUGGGUAUCGUGAGCAGCCGCCUUGACGAUGGCGCACCUAUUUACCUGAGGGACCAAAAUCGCCUAUCCAUAUCCUCCCUCAGCAUCACAUGUCCUCGUAGGCGCACUUCGACCAUUGUCACCCCUAACUCCUUCCCCGCUACUCGCGCCGCCGUGACGCGUACGCCGAACGAUGGGGUUCUUGUCGAGUUUGUGCAGGAUCCCGAAUCCUCACCUACGCCAAGCUUUCUCCUCAAGCUGAACAAUGACGACGAACUAGUCUUCAACUUCACCUUCAUAGUUCGUCAAGACGAAGGCAGCAACAACGAUACACAGAUCAAUGGCCUGACAUAUGUUUAUGCCUCUACAAGCCGAGAAGUCGAGAAUCUAGUCACACGAGAGUUCCACGCAGACCCAAAUCUCCACAAGAAUGCCAAUGUCGAGCUCGUUGGUGAUUUUAACACUGGUGGGAGUUCUUCUGUAUCAUUUGAGUGGUCGUGGAAAUGGAAACCUCCCAGGCCUGUAGAAGACAGAGGUGGUGGUUGGAGAAAUGCCUGUAGUUUUGUAGAGUACGACGCCAGAGCUCACCAACUACGCCCGCUCGCUACUUUCUCUUUCUGGGUUGCUAAUACCCCAAUCCUUGCAAGCCAGCCAGCCUCUCCAUCUCCAUUCCAACUAGCAGUUCCACCAAAGAUUCGAGUGCCAUCGGCGCAAUCGGCCGAUUCCCGUAUCAGCGAACAGGAGGAACCAAGCUCCCCGCUCAGUGUUCCAUAUGACUCGCAGAGUCACCCAUCUGCUGCCACCCAACCUCGAAGGGAAUCGGUUAAGCUCGAUAUUGCUUGUCCUCGACCAGGCGAAGACAUGACCGUAGGGGACGAUGGCCCAGUAUUCAGAGCGACUAUUAAGGCAUUGGAGCAAAAAACCGGCAUUAUGAGGACGCAAAUGAAGAAAGUGCUGAAAAAGGCCGAACAGGCGUAUGCGACCCAAAUCGAAGCCAACGAUGCCUAUGUGGGUUUUCUAGACGCCCUUCGAGAGGCUUCUGCCAGCAAUGCCAAUGCAGUACUGCCUGCCAUCGAGCAUUACUUCGACAAGAUUGCACGAGAAAUCCUUGUUUAUGAGAAACAGAACGUCAAUAACCUACAAAAGAUCAUAAUCGAACCGAUUAGCAAGCUGUAUACAUAUGAUAUUAAACAGGCCGAAUCCAAGAAGCGCGAAUUUGAGGAGGACAGCAAGGAGUACUACGCAUAUGUCGCCCGAUAUCUCGGUCAACGACAAGACUCGGUGAAAACUAAGAAGCUUGCCGAGAGCGAUAGCAAAUACCAGACAAAACGAAGAAACUUUGAAAUCAAACGGUUCGAUUAUUCCUCGUUUGUACAGGAUCUUCAUGGUGGUCGAAAAGAACAAGAAGUCCUGUCUCAUCUCACGAGAUACGCUGACACACAGGCGAAGAGCUUCAUGUCAACAGCGCAGAAAAUUGACGGCAUGUUGCCGCAUUUGAAGGCUCUUACUUCCGAGGUUCAGGGGGCAGAUAAAGAGUAUCAGUAUCAGCGACGUGAAAGAGAAGAGAAGCGGCGUCUAUUAGAGAAGAGCAAUCUCGGGCCUAACGAACCAGAGAGUGUGGUCGCAGCCUCAGCCACAUUGACGUCCAAUAACACCAACGGUAUUCAGCAUACCUCGGAUUCCGAGCUUGGCCGUGCGGACAGUACCAGUUCUCAACUUAAACUUACGCCGACGGGCAAUUCGGCAUCAAUAACAGCAGCAUCAGGGGCGGCUGAGCUUUCAAGAUCGCCAGGCAGUCUCGCUUACCAUCCUAUGAACAGUCCCGUACAAAGUUCCAAGUUCAAGGGUAUCCGAGAUCUGGAGGAAAGAGAUCUCUCGCAGCUGACCAUCGUUGAAAAGAACUCAACGCAACGUAAAGAGGGUCUACUAUGGGCCUCAAAUCGAACUCAUGUUGACUUAUCGUUGAAUAAGCAAGGCUGGCACAAAUUUUGGGUAGUUUUGGACCAAGGCAAGCUGUCCGAAUAUAGUAAUUGGAAGCAGAAACUCGAUCUACACAUGGAUCCAAUAGACCUACGUAUGGCAUCCGUGCGAGAAGCUCGCAAUGCUGAGCGACGGUUUUGCUUCGAGGUAAUAACGCCUAAAUAUAAAAGGGUGUACCAAGCUACUUCAGGAGAGGACAUGAAUAGCUGGAUUCUGUCCAUUAAUAACGCUUUACAAAGCGCCAUGGAGGGGCAUGUGCUGGAAGAAAAACCGACAACGUCGAGUGAAACAAGUAGUCUCAAGCGAGACAUUGGCUCCAUCUUGACCGGCAAAAGUUCCUCCUUAAAUCACGGCUCGUAUGGGCAUCAUAGCUCCGGCAGUUCUGCGCCUCCGUCUCGCCGCAUCACAGUUGGAGCCCGACCCCUUGCAUCAAGACCAGCAGGCAGUAAUUAUGAUGAGAGCCCUGAUAAGCUACUUCAAAGCAUCCGCGAGAGUGACCAAGGCAACUGUUGGUGCGCGGACUGUGGCAGCGGUUCUAAGGUUGAGUGGGUAUCCAUUAACCUCGGUAUUAUCCUCUGCAUUGAGUGUAGCGGCAUUCAUCGCUCACUCGGGACACAUAUCAGCAAAGUUCGCUCACUGACUCUCGAUAUCACAUCGUUCACAAUUGAUAUCAUCGAACUGUUACUUCUUGUCGGGAACCGAGUGUCGAAUAUGGUUUGGGAAGCCAAGCUGGACUCAAAUUUAAAGCCUGGGCCCCAGGCUACGCGUGAGCAACGUCUGAGGUUCAUUACAGCUAAAUAUGUCGAACGGGCGUAUGUUGAGCCCAUUUCGGCAACCUUGUCCCGGUAUGCGACAGCUGACGAAACACUCCUCGCCGCUAUCAAGCGCAACGAAGUUCAACAAGUUAUCCAGGCGCUCGCCCUAAGGGCUAAUCCAAACGUCCUAGAUAAAGUCCGGAAUACUCAUCCUGUCUUCUUGGCACUAGCAGCAGCUGACCCAGCUCCUCCAUCGCCUGGUGUGACUCCUACCGUGCGUGCCGAACCCGAAACACGUACUAUUCCUUUCGCUGUGGCUGAGAUGUUGAUUCAAAAUGGCGCCGAAAUCCCGGCACAGAUGCCGGGAUUCGCCCUCAGUCGCAACGCACAAUUAUAUGUCAAUGAAAAACGUGGUCGUACUGCUGCUAUCGAAGCUUCUGGUCUGUCGAUAACCAAUAACUUUGGCCCCAGCUCCAGUGAGCGCCUUCAGCGCGAUAAAGACACGCGAUUGCAAAAGCGUAUCAGUGCAGGUGGACGCUUGGCCAAAUCACCAAUUCCCGAACGAUAGAAACGGCGGAAGCCCAAUAGCUCCUUCUUAUCGUCUUCACCAUCUAGAAAUUCGCUUCUUUCCCCGCGAAAACCGCAAGAUUGCAGCUCCAACUCCUCUUCAUCCACCUCCGAACGAUAGAACCGGCGGUCGGAUCGCAUCUUUUUUCAGAUACCCCCCUUCUUGACUAUUUCAGCGCCACGGUGCCUUCCAAUAUUAUGUCCCUUCGGACAGCACUUUACAUCAUCAGCGCCAGACACCACGACGGAAUCAGUGGUAAUCAUUGCUUCAUGAACUCUUUGAUGACUACAUAUACAUAUAUAUAUAUAUAUAUAUAACACGACAGGGGAAAUAUUACUUUGUUUUGGAAUUAGGCGCCUCUGGAUUCCUAUCUAUCAUGUGGCAUCGAGCAUAUUUGGUGUUGGUGGUGCAAACGUGUGCAUGUUGCCAUACGCUUCCGCACUUGUAAUUCGGGUUGGUUCUGAGGCCAUCGGGAGGCUUUUUUUACAGGUUCUUUUUAAACACUAUCAGGUUCUACAUGUAUCAACUUUGGAGGUACACUUCUAAAUGAGAAGGAUGACGGACGGCCGGGGUCUCUCAACACUACUUCACUCAAUGGUCGAAGUAUACAGUGUAUUGAUAGCCUCAUGUAAUUACCCAUGUAUAAUAGUUCCCGUCGAAGGAAUUCGAAGGUAGGCCAAUUAGCCUACCAUGUAUGAUUUGAAAUGUCAUCAUUUUGAAGAAAA